AGUCGGAAGCCUGAGAGGAAAGAUGCAGCUACCACACUGCUCAGGUAUUUCUGUUCCCUUUUUCUUUUCCCUGAUCGUCACUCGAAGUUACUCAGCCAGCCAGCCCAUAGAAACAUGACCACCAACAAAAGUCCCUUGCAUCCCUACUGGCCUCGGAACCUGAAGCUUGACAACUUUGUGCCUAAUGACAUUCCCACCUGGCAUAUCCUAGCUGGCCUGUUCUCUGUCUCUGGAGCCCUAGUUUUGACCACAUGGCUGUUAUCCAAUCGUACUUCAGUUGCCCCACUGGGAACUUGGCGGAAACUGUCCUUGUGCUGGUUUGCAGUAUGUGCAUUCAUUCACUUGGUGAUUGAGGGGUGGUUCAGUUUCUACAACAAGACUCUUCUUAGAGACCAAGACUUUUUAUCCCAACUCUGGAAAGAGUAUUCCAAGGGAGACAGCUGUUACAUCAUUUGGGACAACUUUAUCAUUUGUAUGGAGACCAUCACAGCUAGCAUGUGGGGACCACUCAGCCUGUGGGUAGUGAUUGCCUUUUUCCGCCAACAACCAGUUUGUUAUGUUCUACAGCUCGUGGUUUCUCUGGGCCAGAUCUAUGGAGAUGUUCUGUACUUCCUGACGGAGUAUGGAGAUGAAUUCCAGCAUUCGGAGAUGGGCCACCCAGUCUAUUUCUGGUUUUAUUUUGUCUUCAUGAAUAGCUUAUGGCUGGUGAUACCUAGAAUCCUCUUGCUCGAUUUUGUGAAGCAGCUUACUCAUGCUCAGAGUAUGUUGGACUCCAGAGUAACAAAAGCCAAGAGGAAGUUAAACUAA